CUUCACGAGACGGGCUGAUAAGUGUGCAGCUUGCUUUACCCGAAUGUGAUUUGAUCAUAAUUUUGAGAGAAGUUCUUCUGAAAGCUGCACACAAGCUACACUUCUGGAUGGAGAGAGGCAUUUGAAGCAGAAAUGGACAGUUUGAAGAAGAGUCUGCAGAAGCCUUCUAUUUUCACAUUUGUGCCAGUGGUGCACAAAUUACCGAUUGAAAGCAUUGUUACUGAGGAGAGAUCUGGAGCCCGGACAGGAAAACAAAAGAAGAACUUAACUGAAUCCCAUGAGAAGACAGCCGGGGAGACCAUGUCGGAGAAGCAGAUUUUCAAAGCAGAGAUAGUCUUUAUCAAAGACUCUGCGGAGGGAGGAGCCGGAAACACAAUCCAACCAGGGACACAACUUCAACCGUCACUGGAUCACUUCAGCCUCUCUCAAACCAAAGCCUUUCCUUCAGUCAGUGUUCAAUCUGAAAAUACCACCAACCCCGUCGCUGCCUCUAUGGAAACAGCUGUUGAUAAACACGGGGGCAUUUCCCAGCCGCAGUGUCACGGUACCUCUGGACUUGCUGAGGUUAGCUCGGGUUUCUUUGCAAAUAUAGCGUCUGUGUCAGAAGACAGAAUGAGCCCCACAAACUCCGCAGACCUCUUCCCCACCCCGGGAUCAUCCAGAGAGUCCAUCCUCUCAGAGGGCUCGGACAGAGAGAAGAGCUGGUCGGCUAUGGAGCUUUCCUCUCUCACCUCUCCUGUUUCUUUCAGCCGCACUGUUUCUCCCUGCUCGUCUGUCCGCUCUGGCAUCUUUUCCCCUUCUGUCGUCCCGAUCAAGAGGCACUUUCUAGCUCCUGGCUCCAGUCUGAUUCACACCCCCUGUUUCUCAUCCUGUGAGAGCCUCUCCUCUUCUGUUUGUCCCCAGUCCCCUCCUCCUCCUCCCCGGCACCGGCCUCCUCUCACCCGACUCUCCCUCCUCACUGCCAUCCUGAGAAAAGGCCGUCUUCCUAUCCUCUCCUCUGCUCUGCAGAGGCCUUACACCCCCUGCUGGCCUAUUAACCCUGUGACCCUGUCUUUCUGUAACGCAUGCUCAGCGGCCUCCAGUGUGGCCUCCAUCCCCCUUGAGUUCUCAUCUCGUUUCUCUUCAUCAGCGUCUAUAGAUAGUCAGAGUCACUUUAACAGGGAGCCUAAUAGAUGCAUCACAGCUCCUCCACCUGUGCAGUCAAAUGAGCUGAGCAGAACAUGCCCUCAAGCUCAGGCGAAAAGAUGCUCGGCGCAAAUUCGUGCAAGCAGUGCGCCUAGAUGGCAGCAGGUUAUUUCACCGCCACCAAUGAAGAGCACACUGCCCCGAGCUCCACCAUUAUUUUGCUCGACUUUCAAAUCUGUUUCGCCACCAAAGUAUGAAGAAAUAAACAAAAAGCUGCAACACACACACAUGUCCAUUUCCAAGUCGCCUGAGCUGAAACCCAUCAACACUCACAUAUACCUGAAGUGCCCUGCAGAUUACAAUCUUAAAAAACUCAUCUCCCCGUCUUCUAAAGUUAUUAAUGAGCUUGAGACCUCUGUGCCCCAGAAGUGGAGUCCCCCUACCAAAUUCAUCUUUCUCAAGGCUUCACUCCCUUUCUCAACAACUGAGAUCUCCGCCCGUCUGCACUCCUGGGCUUCAGCCUUCUCAAUCACGCUCACCCGGUGUUCCAAUUUCUGUGACGGAGCAUCACCACCUGUAAAAAACACCACAGAUAGGUGUGAGUCAGGAAGGAGCUGCCCUGAUUCCAAAAGUACCCCAACAUCGUUAAUUGGUUUUCACAAAGCUCACUGUCUGUCUCCUUCCCGCUACACGCCCAUGGCACUUCCCGGGUGGCUGUCACCUACCAGCUCCCCCACACCUACACCCUCUCCUGUUCCACCAAUCAGAGACUUCACCCCGUCUCCUUCGCUCUCCAUGCGCUCCACCCCCUCCCCAAGGCCGGGGAGUGGAAUAUCAGACUGCAGUGACAGGGAGGGUAAAAAAAGAAAGACAAACAAGAUUAAGUUAAGCUACAAAACGCUCGCUGCAAUCCCCACAAACACCCUUCUGUUGGAUCAACAGGCAAUAGACGAGCGGAUAGAGAGAGAAGAGAGUCCGUGUGACAGGAUGGACAGAGGUGAUACAUUGGACAGAAGGGUUGCAGACACCCACGCUGAGAUGUGCUCCCCCGCUGAGCUGCGGCAACAGUCGGAGGAACUCUAUGCAGCUAUUGAUGAGAUAUUGGCAAAUUCCAUUCCAGCAAGCAAAACAUCUCUGUCAUCGACUACUGACGUUGGUCUGCAGCAGAACAACUCAUCAUUUAGUAAAUCCUUGGGACGUGAAACCAAAUAUGCAUCUGUAUGCAGCUUGCACCCAUCAACUGAUGUGGAAAGAAAGCUUAUUAAUCCUAAAACGACAAAGCCCGGGGUUAUUCGCCCAAUGACGGCAAUUCCAAGACUGACAGUUGAAGAUGAGGACGAAUUUAAUCGAAACCCUUUCAGGGAGUUUGACGUCAAGAGGACCUCGACUGACAACAACAAGGUGGAAAGUAUGAAUCUGGAAGAGACAGGAAAAGGUUUUUACACAAGAUCAAAAGGCCAAACGUUAAGAGAAGAAAGGAAGCCUCAAAGAAAAGGUCAAUUUUCGGUCUGUGAGCUGCAGAUUAAAGAGCCUGAAGAACAGAUGAGUUCCCUCGCGAAAGAUGUGUCAACAUCUUUCAGUACAACUGAAGGGCGGAUGGAAGCUUUUGAGACUCAUAUUUAAAGCAUUAACACUGAAGCAUCAAGGGUUUAACAAGCCUUACAAAGAUCAUAAAAAUGCAUGCAACUGCAAACGGUGAAAAACUUGUAACGGCAAAGAAUCUUGUUGACUUUAAUGUGUAUUACAGGCUGUUAAAUUAAAAAACUGUCAACGUGGUAACACCCAUUGUGGUAUAACAUAAAAGUCAUGCAAACUAUUCAACUCAUUUACCUCUGGAGAAACUACUAUUUUAGCAAAAUGAUUUGAGAAAAACCUGUAAUAUGUAAUAAAUAAAUAAUAAAGGACUUCCGUAUCUUCCACUA